AUGCGGAUUCUUGGCUUGUUUGAGGGCAACCAAGCGGCGACAAAGCGCCGCGAGUGCAGUCCAGAGCCCCGAGACGAACGUGCUGCUGCAGGCCAAAAACGGCCGUUGCUGCCCAGUCGUGCCGGGUAUGCACCCGGCGGUGCGGCUGACGGGAUGCUCGGGAUGCUGGCAAACCACGCAGACAAGCAGAGGCCAUUGCUCGAUCAGCGCGAGCGGCAGCGGCAUCAGCAGCACCUGCCAGAGAACCCGCGUCCUGCGAGGUCGCUCCAAGCCGCUGGCGCUCGCGCGACGCAGCCGCCAGUGACAAUGGAGCAGCUCACCGUAGCUGUUGAUCGCAGCAACAUGGACUAUCGAGAAGAGAAGGCGCCAUCGCUCAUGACGUUUCUCGGUCGAUCACCCACCGGCUGCUUGUCGCAGGUACCGGAAUACGUGACGUCGCCUUGUUCCAUGUGGGAAAAGAGUCGACUGAAGGAGCGAAUGGACCCCACUGCGAGUCCAAGACGCACUGGCCCUGUUACGAGUGGACAGGGCCAGACACCGCCGAGCACGUCCCUGAGACGCCGACACAGCUUCCUCUUGCCUGACCCGCCGGUGACUUUUCAGUCGCACGGCACCCACAAGCGUCGCACGUCUCCUUGUUCUCCCACGCAGGAAAUGGCUGCGAUCACAGCAGCAGCUGCUGUCAAGCGCCCUCGUCUCGCCCGCCGCGUCUCUUCACAAUGGCGCCAAGAGCUGGUACCGCGGGAUCGUGCGCAAACGCGCGAGCGGAUGAUGCGCAGUCUCCAUACGCAUUGUCAAGGCGACUACGAGAAGCUCGUGCUGUUGCUGUCGUCGAUGGAAGAGGAGAUGCUGUACAGGAAGACGGCGUCCAGCGACUCGUACGUGCAGCAGGCAUUUGAGCUCAGCGCUCUUGUCGAGCACGCUACGCUCGAGCGUUAG